AAACACAAGUUUUUCACGUGACAAUCAUCUCGGUUAUAUGAACGCAGCCGCUGUGAAAAUGAGUGCAGUAAGAUCGAUAGCGGGACUGAUCACUCUUGGACGUCUUCUGCUCCUCUACAUUUUAGAAGAGAAAUGGCGGCAUUCCAACGCGGUCUUAUUGCUCUCGUCUUGGCCUUUUGCCUGACGGUGUCAAAUGGAUCCGUUCAGCAGCAAUGGGGAGAUGAAACUAUUGUGAGAACGGCUAACUUAAUUGAUGAUGAAAUUGAAAUGAUGGAGCCACAAAUUGUACCUGAACCGGAAGACGGAAGUACUUGGUGGUACACUCCAUCGAGAAAGGCUCAUAUUCACAAGCACCGGUACAGCAAAGCCAUUAGGAACUUGCAGCAGGAAUAUAACAAAAAGAGAACCAAUAGCAAGCAAGGUGAAGACAUGCGCUUGCCUGGCGAUAUUAUUCCCAUCACGUACAACAUUCGAAUGCUCCCGUUCGUUGAAUUAAUUGCAUCCGGAAAUUUCACUACCGACGGCUACGUCGAAAUCGUCGCCGAGUGCGUCAGAGCGACCAGUAACAUUUCCAUCAACAGCGCUGAUCUUGACAUUAAAACAUUAACCAUUUCCAUCUUGGACAUGGAAAGCAAUAGUCCGAUUGCGAUGGUCAAUUUCAUUGACGAGCAAUCGUCUCGUGAAAUCGUAACUAUCCAAACGGCCGUUCCACUCGCUGUUGGUAAACGGUACAAGAUCUCCAUGAGUUUCCUUUCGACUCUCAAUAACGAAUUGCGAGGAUUCUAUCGCUCCUCUUAUGAGGAAGAAGGAGAAAGAAAGUGGUUAGCCGUAACUCAGUUCGAAUCAACCGACGCUCGUCGAGCGUUUCCCUGUUUCGACGAACCGAGUAUGAAAGCCAAUUUCACAGUUACCCUGGGUCGGAAAGAUACAAUGACGUCUGUCAGCAAUAUGCCUCAAACCAAAAGUGGGCCCAUAGCUGGAAUGACCGGAUACGUUUGGGAUUACUUUGCCCCAUCCGUAAAAAUGUCUUCCUAUCUGGUCGCCUUUUUGGUAUCUGACUUCAUUAACAUUCCAGCCAAGCCGGGAGUCAGUAAUGUUCAAUUCCGCAUCUGGGCUCGAGCAAACGCUGCAAACAUCACUUCGUACGCCAUCGACAUUGGACCCAGAAUUUUAGAAUAUUACGAAAGCUAUUUCAGCAUCGACUAUCCAUUAGCGAAACAAGAUAUGGCCGCCAUUCCUGAUUUUGCAGCUGGUGCUAUGGAGAAUUGGGGAUUGAUUACAUAUAGAGAGCAGGAUUUACUCAUCGAUACUGAGACGGCCAGUGCCCGACAGAAACAGCGAGUGGCAAUUGUGAUGGCUCACGAGUUGGCUCACCAAUGGUUUGGUGAUUUGGUGACCAUGGAGUGGUGGAACGCAAUUUGGCUCAACGAAGGCUUCGCAUCUUACAUGGAGUUCAUCGGCACUGAUUCGGUGGAGCCCGACUUCAAAAUGAACGACCAAUUCGUCAUAGAAAAUCUGCAGUACGUUUUCGGAAUCGAUGCCUUGGAAACGUCUAGACCGAUUAACAUCGAAGUGAACACACCGGAAGAAAUUUCAUCGCUCUUCGAUGCUAUUUCUUACGAAAAAGGAUCGUGUGUUGUUAGAAUGUGCGCCGAUAUGUUGGGCAUUGAGACUUUCAAACGCGGACUGACUCGCUAUCUGAGUACCAAUGCGUAUGGUAACGCCCAACAAGAUGAUCUCUGGCAAGCAAUGCAAGAACAGGCUGACGAAGAAGGCAUCGUUUUACCCGCUACCGUCAAAGAGAUUCUUGAUACGUGGACUUAUAAAAUGGGAUACCCAGUCAUCACAGUGACGAGAGAUUACGCAACUGGAGGUGCACUGGUAACUCAGGAAAGAUUUUUGUUGAGAAAAAGCAACACAUCGGAGGUCGACCCGACCGUCUAUCAGUGGUGGGUUCCUCUCACUUACAUCAACUCAAAAGUUAACGUUUCUGAAAAGUUGAGCGAAUGGAUGUCGAAAGACGAAGUCAGUGUUUCGCUGAGCAACCUUGGGGCAAGUGCCGAUCAAUGGGUCAUUUUCAACGCCGACCAACAAAACUACUACCGCGUCGCUUAUGACAAAGAUAAUUACCGUCUAAUCACUGAGCAGCUUAUGGACGAUCACGAACAAAUCGUCCCCAACAAUCGAGCCCAGCUGCUAGACGACACUUUCAUCCUUGCGUCAGUUCACACGGUCCCUUACAAAAGAGCCUUGGACUUGUCGUUGUAUUUAGCACGAGAAAAGGAAUACGUUCCCUGGAACGCUGUCCUGGCUGAAUUCAACUACAUUGACUCAAUGUUGCACAAUCAAGCCCAGUUUCCCGAUUGGACUAUUCACUUGACCAAAUUGGUGACUCCGUAUUACGAACACGUCGGAUUUCAAGAGUCCAAGACCGAUGCACAGCUCACCCUCUACGCUCGCACUGACGCAAUGAGCUGGGCUUGUAGACUGAAAAUCGCAGACUGUGUCGAUAACUCUAAAGCCAAAUACGCAGAGCUUAUGAGCGACCCAGACAACAACACGAUUUUGUCAGCUAACCAGAAGAGCGUCAUCCUUAAAACAGGUGUGGAAAACGGCGGCCAGUCCGAAUAUGAUUUCGCAUUCAAUCAAUACACAAGCAAAUAUGACACUUCCUUCCUCAUCGCCGCCACUUGCAGCAAAGAUUCUUCCCGUCUUUACAAUUUGCUGGAGAAAAUGUUGGACAGUGAAUCUGGUAUUCGGCUCAGCGACGUCAACACUUUGUUUAAUAACGUUGCGUCUAAUCCUUUGGGAAACCUCAUCGCUACUGAUUUCCUUGUCAAUCGAUGGAAUGACAUAGAGAAAUCUUGGUUGGGAACCAAUUAUUUCGUAAAUUUCUUCCGCUACGUUUGCAACCGACAAAACACGCAGCAGCAAUUGGAUAGGUUAUUGAAGUUGCGAGCUGACCAUUUCGACAUUCUGGGAAAUUCCAAAACAGUCCAACAAGGUUUAGACAUCGUCACAGAGAACAUUGUCUGGAUGGAUCUGCAUCAAGACGAAAUCGGAAACUGGUUGGCCGAUCCGUCAGCGACAGAACCCUCGUCACCUACCGUAGAAACUACUCCGACUACUACCCCGACAACUACUCCGACUACUACCCCAACAACUACUCCGACUAAAACCCCAUCAACUACUGUUAUCCCGACAACUUCUUCUACAGUAUCCAGUACAACUGCCUCACCUACCACAACUACUCAAGCAACAACCACUCCUUCAGCCGCCAGUGGAAUCGUAAAAAUGAACGUUGCUUUCAUUUUUGCCGUGAUGUUACUAGGGAAAUUUAUUUUGCAUUAAACCAAUCCACAUACCAAUUAAAAAAGAGCUACAACGAGGAGGUGCCGGUGUGGCGGCAGGUCCUUCUUGGUCAAUAAUAAAUUGUCUUGUUGCACUUUG